AAUUGCAUCGGACAUUUGUAUCCCAAGCCCAUCACGCUGCAGCAGCUAUCAGACAUCGUAUUUCAACCAGAGGAGACAGGACCCCUCGACCGCCUGAGCAGCAGCACGUCGCGCCAGCACCACCGCCGCAUCGCGAGCCUGCGAGCCGCCGCAUCACUGCAUCUCGUGCCCGUGAGCCGCCGCACGCCGCACCUCUGCAUCGACCGACCACCGCUCGUUUGCAGCCCACCUCUGCAUCGCGCGACUGGAACCGCCGCACCGCUGCACCUUGUGCUCUUGAGCCGCCGCACGCCGCACCUCUGCAUCGACCGCUCGUUGCAGCCCGCUUCUGUAUCGAGACUGUGACCGCGGCCGGCCCGCCGCACGCCCGAACCUCUGCAUCGACUGGUCGUUUGCCACCCACCGCUCCUCUGCAGUUCAACGGAGUUCUUAUGCUCCAUUGACGACUUUCUCAUGGUUUAGGAAGAUGACAACUAUCGAGACAGAAAUGGGUCAGCCUCCAAAAAAUAAGGUUGCUACUGCCACUGCUAAGCUUCAAAGUUCAACUUCGUCAUUCAAAAGAUGGGGAAGAAAGCAUCCAUUUGUCAGAUAUGGGCUUCCAAUGAUCUCACUCACUGUCUUUGGGGCAAUAGGCCUUGGCCAUCUGUUGCAAGGCAGCAAGGAUAUUGCAAAGGUGAAGGAUGAUCAAGAAUGGGAGAUAAUUGAGACGAGAAAAGCAUUAUCCAGAACAGGGCCUGUAGAAGCAUACAAUCCCAAGAAGACUACAUUGGAAGAGGAGUUAAAGGCUUUGCAACAGAAAGUGGACAUAAACAACUACGAGUACAAAAGAAUUCCAAAACCAAAUGAAGACAAGUCUGGCUAGUCUCUGGAAUCAAGUCAAGUCUCGGCUGUCUCUGGCUCAUUUCUAGCUUCACCAUAGAUGUAAUAAUACCGUCCAGUUUUGUGCUAACUUGAUGUAGUUAAUAAUAAGUUGUAAUUACAUUCAAAACACAACUGUUAGUGAACUGUUUUGUCUUAGUUUUACAUGCGAGCACAGCAUAACCACCCACCCAUGUUUGAUUUCCACCAGUAUCUAUCAUAAAUGAAGAGCAUCACAAUUUACAAGUA